AUGCCCUUCCUUCCCUUCUCCUCCCUCUUUCUUUCUAUACCUCUUCUCUCCCUCUUCUUUUGCGCUUGUAUAAGAUCAGUACAUGGUUCUGCGUUGACGACACCAAUUGCAGCCAACGAGCGGCUCUGUUUCUAUGCAGACGUUGACAAGGCCGGCGAGAAAAUCGGCUUCUACUUUGCCGUUCAGUCUGGAGGCUCAUUCGACAUCUCGUACUCGGUGACCUCACCACCUCCAGCGAGUAAGGAACUUCUCUCCGGAACGAGCGAGCGUCAAGGUGAUUACGUCCUAACAGCCAACACUCCUGGCGAAUAUGCUUUCUGUUUUGAAAACGACAUGUCUACGCUUACCGAAAAACUCAUCGACUUUGAUAUUAUGGUGGAGAGUGAACCGAGGAGGGAGGCGCCGGCGAAACCUGGCCAGAUUUCCGAACAAACCUCCGCACUCGAAGAGUCCAUAUUCCGGCUCAACGGAAUGCUCAUGAACAUCAAACGGACACAGAAGCACUUCCACACUAAAGAACGCCGAGGCUUCUCUGUUGUUCAGAGCACACAAAAUCGACUCUUCUGGUAUGCCAUCUUUGAGAGCUGUGGAGUUAUCGCUAUGGCCGCAUUCCAGGUCUAUGUCCUACAAACAUUCUUCACUAAAACGGGAAGGCGGUAUAAAGUAUAACAUCCAUUCUGGCUGGGCUAAUUUUCAAUACAACGACUUUAAUGGGCUACUUGACCUGAGAUUCCAGUUUGAAUGAGAUAGAUACGUUUACCUUACUUUGCCACCAUCAGGCCCAGACAUUGCUACAUCUGCUCAUAACUGUCUACUUGGUUAGUCUUGGAAAGCGGUGCUGAUUAUUAUUCUGCUGGUUCUGAUGCAAUUGAAGUAAUAAAUGACUUGUACUUUGGAGGAAGUG